AUGUUGGGCGUACUAUUGCUAGCACUGCUGGCGCUUUGUCGCGCAGACACUUUGGUGAAGCUGCAUGUGAAUCGUCCCUACAACGAUGUGCACGAGAAGUUUGUAAGCUUUGUGGUCAAGCCAGAGGAUCUCUAUGAUGCGCUGGAUGGCAAGCAUCGAAAAGCGGUGACCAGCAUGGCGGCGCUGCUAGGAGAUGCGUUUGUGAAGUUCGAUGGUGACUUUUAUUUUGCCAGCAAUGCGCCCACGCGGCUACGCAAUCCCACCAAGAUUAUAUGGAAGGGCUUCAAUCGCUGGACGCGCGCUGUAAACUGGACUAUGAUUAUACCUGUGCCCUAUGCGCCGGAGGAGUGGGACUCUAUGCAUACGCUCAAGAUAUUGAACACCAGCUAUAUGGUGGGCAUAACCGAUUGCAUUUGGCAGCUGGGCACAGAUUUUGGCAGCGCACGCGCCAAGGAUUAUGUGCAGGAGCUCAACACCUUGAAGCUAAUGACGGAUACGUUCAGACCCUAUGUGGAUGAUUGGCGUGUUAUGGGCGCGGAUAUAUCAGCGGGUAGCAGCGUUGAGGAAACUAAGAAAUAUGUGGAUAUGUCUAGGGAUGUGAAUGCAGCCUAUGGCUGGACGCAACCCGCCAACAUGUUGCCUGCCAGCAGUUUGGGCAGCUACAUCUACGACAGCGAUCCAGCUUUGAAAUCUCUGCGACAACAGCGUGUGCCUUUGUGGCUAACGCUGCCUGAGGAGACAUCAGCAGAGCAGCAGUCCAUCAGCAAGGUGCUGCUGGGAGAUCAAACUACAGACGCUUUGCGCUGGGCACAAACUCUUGGUGAUGCUGCCAGUAGUGGCUUCGAUGUCGUCUUUAAGCGCAUGCAUCUGGCAGAUUUUCAGCGUCCCAGCUUUAGCUACUAUGUCACCGCUUUAUUCAAGAAAGUCAUGGGCUCGCGCGUCUUUCCAGCGCGUCCAUUGAAUGCCUUUGCGCCCAGCAACAAACUUUACACACAUUGCGCCAAUGCCGUAAGCGGUGGCUUGGCCUUCAUGGUAGUUAAUACGGAAACGCAGCCAACGACCAUAACAGUGCGCAGCUUGACGCGCUUGUCCAGCAGCGAAAUCUGGCAAUAUGUGCUAACCGAGCGGGAUGAGCACAUAGAGCUGAACGAUAAGCCACUGCUGCUUAAUUCAACGCUGCGUCCGCUGAUCAGACCCAAGGAUGCUGUCAAGCCGCUGCAGCUCAUAACGCCCAGCAUGUCUGUUGGCUUCUGGGUGCUGCCAGGUGCCAGCUUGGAGCAUUGUCAGUUUACUGAAAUUGAAGCACAUGAAGAAAGCGCAGAGUCUACUAAAGAGAAACGCUCCAGUUCAAGCAAAUACAGCUCAGCGGAUCGACUGCUGCAGAGACUUAUAGAGGAGACAUCUGUAGCCAGAGGUUCGCUGCAAAGCUCCAUCAAUCGCCACAGACGCUUUGUGCUGGACAAUGAUGAGCAAGUGCAGCCAGCUUCAUUACUGUGCAAGCUGCUAGAUUCUUUUAAGGGCUUACCCGGCAACGUUAAGCGAGACACAUCCACUGGCCGUAAGAGCAGAAGACAUGCGCUGCAUCCGUUUGAAGCUAUGAAAUGGCUCACGCAGGUUCUGGAGCAGACACGCGAUGUGGCAGAGCGUGCUGGACGCAGCAGACGCAACGCUGAUAGCUACAGUGGUCCCUACUUCUACAAUCGCCAAGGCAAAAAGACUGCACUGACCAAAAAGAUUACCGAGAUACGCAAGCCAGAGCGCAAGGUCAAGCCGCUCUUUGAUCCCACUGAGUUUGAUGAGGAGGAGUUCUUCAAGAAGCUGGGCGAGCAGCCAGAGCCACCGCCAUACACACGCCUGCCUGAGGGCGAUGUGCAUCUCAAGCACAUAGAAACGGUGGAUGGUGAGGAGAGCGAGUCCCAGCCAGAGCCAGAGCGCAUAAGCUACAAGCAGCGACGUCCAGCGGUGCGCAGAAAAAUGAAAAUUGUGCAGCGCUCGCAGGAAGAGAGUCUGGAGGAGCGGCCCGAGGAGCAACCACUGCUAGAGCAAGCGCGUCAAAAGCUGCAGCUGCUGCCCACAGAAUUCUUUGAGGCAGCGCCUCCAUUGACGAAACCGCUUAAGCCCUUUAACUUGGGCUUGAAGUUAAACUCUUUGCUGUUUCCCGAACCCUUUUCCAGCAAAGGCAGCAUAAGCAAGCGCAAGAGCGCAGCCAAGCCGCUGGAGUCUAUUGAGCAGACACCAGAGAGCGAUGUGGAGCCUGUGGAACCAGUGGAGCCAGUGCGUCAGGAAGCUAAACCUGCGCCUAAAAGCGGACAUGCUGCUGCUGACUUUUUGCAGGCGCAGCGUGAGCUGGGCAAGCAUUUUCUCAGUCACAUAGCAGAGCAUGAGCAUGAGUUCUCGCUGGGCGAUGAGGCAGCGCGUGAUGCUUCCCCAGAAACGGACCUCGUAAGCGAUCUUAAGCCUGCUAUAAAGCAGCAGCCACAGCAGUCGUUGGAUCAUGAAGAGGAUUACUUUGGUGGCAAGCUGACGCCCAAAGCUUUGGCGCCAGUGCCGCGACUGUUGCCACAGAAACCCCUUAACGAAGGCAUCACUGCCUGGUGGGACAGGCCAGCGCUAAGGCGUCAACGCUCGCUGCACUACAAUACACUGGACGAAGCGCUGCAGUCCAAUGCAAUUGAUAAGAAUGAUCGGGCAGAGCUGCUGCCUCUGGGUCAAUACACCUACUAUGAGUAUAAGCCGGCUGAGACUAGCUCCACAACCGAAGAGUCUAAAAUAAUGCAGAUUAGCAACACCAAGAGUCCCAUAACUAUUCACAAGAUAACGCUCUCGGAGAAUAUUGUCAGCACAGUUAAAACCAAAGUGUCCAAGUUUAUGAACAUAAUAACGCGCCAUAUGAACGAAUGGUACAACACCUUGACAAAGCAUCUGGAGAGCGAGCAUGGCAAGUCACGUCGAACAGAAGAGAGCGCUGCAAAUGCCAUAGCAUAA